UCAGAUACAUGCACGAGGGUGCUGAUCCAAUACCGUGCAAGGUUUGUGGCAAGACAUUUUUCAGAAAUGAAGAUAUUCAGCGACACAUGGUUUGCCAUAGCAACGAAAAACCUUAUGCAUGCGACAUAUGCAACAAGGCAUUUGCUGUAAGAUCUUCGUUGAAGCUCCACAAACUGACGCAUCAAAAGGAGCCUCCUUGCAGUUGCGAUACAUGUGGCAGAGCGUUCAUAAGAAAAGAUUGUCUGAUCAGGCAUAUGCGAGCAAGACACAGAGACGUGCUGGAAGAUAUUAUGGCUAGCGCUGAGAAAAAGAGAUUACAGCAACAGCUACUAAAGGCAGCUACUGAUGCAGCAUCUUGCCAGAAAUUAUCAGAAAAUCUCGUCUGGAAUGAAUUGACACUGACCGAGUCUGUCAAAGAGUUGCUGAUGCUUUUAGUGGAAGAAGAUUCUUUAGCUGAAUUUGGUUAUCCUGACGCUCCCGUUGAUAAGGUGUUGGAUAGUGUUAUAAAACGGUGUGGUCAUAAACCUGCUUCAGAUGAGGACUUUGAUUACAUUGGAAGGAUGAGGGAAAAUGCCAAGUUGCUUUUUACAGUUGUGAUUGAUGAUUCUGCUGUUAAAGAACUCUUAAACAAUCAGACCGUUGACGAAGUUAUUCUACAAGUGUUACGAUUAGCUAGGAAACAAAACAGUUGAAUAUGAGUUGUUUUUGAUUUUUUAUUACGAGGGCGGUUCAGAUAUGAUCGAGACAAAUAUUGUAGAUGGCGCGCAUGUAUGUCGUGAAGGUCGUGGCUUGAGUAUAUGAUAGCUGCGUCCCUUACGAACAGUGUGGCACAGCUUUCGUUAUAAGCGCAUGUUUCACGCGCGUGCUAACGACCAUGAGUGAAGGUCAAGUGCCGAACGCCGUUGCGCAACGUAUUGUCAUUCGUUUUUUAGUGUGUGAAGGCAAUAAAAACACGGAUUUUUUUCUGUAGUGAGAGCCUGAGUAGGGCUGAUGUGUUUAAAUGGGCCAUAGCAUUCAAGGAUGGCCGCGAAACCGUCGAGAAUGUGCUGCAUGAUCGUCGACCGCGAACCAGCAUCACACCAGACAGCUUUCGCCGUGCUGUACGUCGACUUCCUGAGCACCCAACGUUCCACCAAUGCGCCAUACUACUCUAACGUUCUAAAAACACAGGUGAAACCCGCUUAUCGCUCGAAAUGGAGAAGCAUUCCAGCAAGAAGUGCGAUUCUUCCCCAGGAGAACGCGCGCUCUUAUGCUGGGCGUCUCAGUCUCGAUACAAUAUCGAAAUUGGGGUGGGAGGUACUGGAACACCCCCACUACAGUCCGGACUUAUCACCCUGCGACUCCUACAUGUUUGGAGCACUGACAGAAACCCUCGGAGGUCAAAGAUUCGACAACGACGAUGAGGUAGAAGAGUUCGUGCGCACAUGACUGUCCGAGUUGCCCAAAGAAUUAUUCAAUACCGACAUUAAAAACCUCCCGAGAAGGUAGAAAAAAUGCGUAACUAGUGAGUGAACGUCCCUAGAAAAACUGUAAAUUUUUUCGAUAGUAAAUAAACGUGUCAGACCAUUUAUCUCGAUCAUAUUUGAACCAUCCUCGUAUGUGUAUAUUGCAUUUUAAAAAGGGUACUAAAAAGUUUUGUAAUACAGCCUUAUUUAUUGACUUCAUUCAAAGUAAUUUCCACCACAUUGAAUACACUUUUCCAUUCGCUAAAACCAGUAAUUAAACCAGCUCUGCCAAGUUUCACGCGUCCCAGGUGCUCAGAAGGUCCUCAUCGCUAGAAAAUCAUUUUUAUUUUAGCUUCAUUUUCACAUGCAGAAACAGUGCAAAGUCGCCGGGAACAAGAUCUGGACAUGGUGGAGGUACCAAGUAUCCAUUCUUGACUUUCGCCGCAGGUUUUUCAUAGACUCUAUGACUUUAGUCAGGCACUGUUCCGCGUACAACUUAGCUGUGCGUGUCUUCAGUGUUUCCAAAACUACACGAUCCACAAUCCCGCUCGAAUGCAGCUAUCAUUUUUUUCUCAACAGAUCGGAAUUUUCUGCCAGCUACAGGUGUGUCCUCAUCAUCAAAGACUCAAACUUAGGUCAUGCAGAAUUGAAUAAAUUACUAGUACAUGAAGGUGUAAGGUCUCCUCUAUCUGUUUGUAUGUCACUCUCCGGUCUUAGUCGCGGUCUUCCUUCCCUCUCAGGGUCCUUAGAGUGAAAUUGCCCCUUUGGAAUUCCCUGUACCACCUGAAUAUAGUCAUACGAUAAGGACAAUCAUUCUUUAAUGCACUAAGCACUGGUCUAUGCUCAAACCACCUGUAAAGUUAUACCGUAAACCUGCCCUUAUCUCACUACGUGACCACGAUGCCAUAGUCCGUACUUUACAGUGUCAAUACGAAUGAACAACUAAAUCAAUAGACGUGUCUUAACAUGCGUUUGUUUGUUAAGUCAUAUUGCAAAACUUUUAUAGUACACCUUGUAAAUGGUUUUCCAUUAAGGACUUGACAUCUUUCUUUUCAAAUAAAACGCAAACCAUUUGAGAUAUCUCGAAAAUUUUAUUAUUGGAUAGAAGUAUACUCAAAAUAUUUAUGUAUGGAAUUCGACCUCGUUUAUAUGUCCACCACGGGCACGUUCGCAGCGAUCGAUUCGUUGAACCCAAUUUUCACUGACUCUGCCACACAUUUCGACAGAAACGGCCGCUAUUUCUCGUUCAAUAUUGGCUCUAAGCUCCUCUAACGACGCCGGCUUGUUGACAUCAACCAAUGAUUCAAUGUAGCCCCACAAAAAAGUCUAGACGUGUUAAAUCGCACAAUAUAGGCGGUCAUUCGACAGGACCAUUUCACGUUCAUCGAAUUUUGAUUUCAAUAUGUCGAUUGUUUCACCCACUGUGUGGCUUGUAGCACCGUCUUGUCAAAAAUGCGCUUCAUCGCUGAAGAUGAGAUUGGUCAUUUUAUUGCAAAAUUUCUAGAGCCCAAUUCGAGAACGUACGUCGGUUCAUAUGAUCGAACGGCUUUAGUUCUUGAGUCAACUUGAUCUUAUAAGGAUGCACACCAAGAUCUCGCAAAGUUCGCCAUAGUAUGGGCUGAGCGAUGCCUAAUGCUUAAGAACGUCUUGGAAUCGAUGUGUUCUGUUCGUUUGCGACUGAAGCUUGAACGGCAGCAACAUUUUCGGCACUUCGACCACCUCCUUGUCUCACUGGCCUGUUUAUUUAUCUUGGUAACAUUGGCAAUUACACCGAGAGUAUGGGAAAAGACACUCAACUUGAGAUUCCUCCUUUGCCCGUCCACGUUGUUCAGGGAUUUGGUGGAUAUCUCUCAUCUAGUGUCACCGUCGCCACGCAUAACCUUUUCGAGGAAGUACCCUCUUUAGGAAUAGCAGGCGAUAUGGUAAUGGCAUUAGCUUCUAGAGAUGAAGAGCCAAUACCUAACAUCCGCGUAGACAAGCCCGAGGGCACUGAGUUUACGAGCAACCUAGUUGGCAAGCUAUCGCCAAUUGGUACUCGCAGGCCAGAGAUUCCUCAAAGGCUUGCAGGCUACGGGAUCACAGCGACGGCUUUCUGGGAGUUUAUUUAUGCAACGCGCUUAAAUCUGAAAUACGUCAUGUCACUUUCCGACAUUGUUGAAACCACACAUCAUUAAUUUUGUGGAUGAAGUGGUGUUUCUUGAAGCACAUGAGGGUUUUCACCUGACCAAUAACGCAUAUUCUGUUUAUUGACGAACCCGUUUAGCCAAAAAUGCGCCUCAUUACUGAAGAUGAGAUUGGUCAUUUUAUUGCAAAAUUUCUAGAGCCCAAUUCGAGAACGUAAGUCGGUUCAUAUGAUCGAACGGCUUUAGUUCUUGAGUCAACUUGAUCUUAUAAGGGUGCAGACCAAGAUCUCGCAAAAUUCGCCAUAGUAUGGUCUGAGCGAUGCCUAAUGCUUAAGAACGUCUUGGAAUCGAUGUGUUCUGUUUGCGACUGAAGCUUGAACGGCAGCAAUAUUUUCGGUACUUCGACCACCUCCUUGUCUCACUGGCAAAGUUGCAGUCACCGACUCGGAAUUUCGGUAGUUAAUUUUCAAUUAUUUGUAAACCUUGUUCCUUCGUGUACUUCACCAUGAUGAAAAUGUCAUCUUUACUGAAUGUUUUGACAUUGACAGUUCGGUAAUUGGCUUAAAGGUGCGUUCACAGUGAAAGUUCAAAGUUGUCAAGUCCCUAUUGGAAAACCAGACAUUAUGUAAUUGAUGUAGUAGUGGGCUUAUUAGUACGAUAUGUCGUAGUUGAGUUAAAUAUAUUUUUUACUAUUUUAAUGCAGUUUUUGAUUUCAUGGGAUUGGCGCUAUUGACAUUACGCGAUUUGUAAUAAAUGCGGUACAUCUCUGUAGGUCCAUUUAUAUCAAUGUCUCGUGUCCUAUAACCAAAGAACACUUUAGUACGUACGUACAAAAUCAGCCUUUUGUAUUAAAACGGCACUACGACACGACUUUGCGCAGGGAUGCUGGCGACUCACUUUUUAUUAAAAACAUUCACUUUUCUAUUUUCGCUGGUUUUCCUUGGUACACCGUGAUUAAACAACUUUGUUUUAAUUUUACAUUUUUGAAUCGAUGUAAAAAAAAGUUAAAUCUUCAAUUCUUGGAAACAAAUUAAAAG